GUUCGGCUUGUCGAGCUGUGCGGCAGAAGAAACUUGUGCAGUUAAAACUUUGAUAAACCUCGUUAAAAUUCUCCCACAUACCCAGACAUAUAUGCUUCUCAAGAACUCUCCCAAUGUUUGACGAAGGAGAGGAAAACGACAACGGCGAGAGACCCCGUCUCCCUGAGUCUCCCUCCCCGCCUCUGACUGUCUGUCUUCCCGGAGGAUCUCCUUCCUCACCGCGGCCCCUGGACCUCUUCUCCUCCGCCUGUCCGCUGCUGGGGGACACAGACCAGCAUUACCUCGCCACUCCGGAGUGUCUUCACCUGUCCCCGGAGAAGCGGACCGGGGAUUCCCCGGACUUCUCGCCGCCAAAGUUCUGCCAGAGCAUCGGGGACACAGACUCUCCGUUUGGUUCGCGGCACGAGUUGCGGAUAGAUGAUUUGUACGACCGCCAUGACCCGUUACCCAAGUGGAGAGGACGAGGCGCAGCGAACGCUGAGCGCCUUCAGCACCGCGGACAGAGACUGCAACGGGCUCCGGAGCUCUCGGACCAUGGGAACCACUCCACUGAGCACAUCGACACCGGGUUCAACUCCGAGACCAGGCAAACGGAAGCCAUGCAUCGCCGUCACACAACUUUGAGAGAAAAGGGGCGUCGCCAAGCCAUACGGGGCCCGGCGUACAUGUUCAAUGAGCGCGGCUCGGCCCUCACUGCAGAAGAGGAGCGUUUUCUGGAUGCUGCUGAAUAUGGAAACAUUCCUGUGGUCCGCAAAAUGCUAGAAGAGUCCAAAACCCUUAACUUCAAUUGUGUCGACUACAUGGGCCAGAAUGCUUUGCAGCUCGCAGUGGGCAACGAGCACCUAGAAGUGACCGAGCUGCUCCUGAAGAAGAACGGUUUGGCCCGAAUCGGAGACGGCCUGCUUCUGGCUAUCUCCAAAGGUUACGUUCGGAUUGUUGAAGCUAUUCUUGCCCACCCUGCUUUUGGCGGAGGUCUCCGACUGACUCUGAGUCCUCUGGAGCAGGAGAUGCGCGAUGAUGACUUUUACGCUUACGACGAGGAUGGAACGCGUUUUUCCCACGACGUCACCCCCGUCAUCCUCGCCGCUCACUGCCAGGAGUACGAGAUCGUCCACAUCCUUUUGACGAAGGGGGCCCGCAUAGAAAGGCCUCAUGACUACUUCUGUAAGUGUUUAGAAUGCGAGGAGAAGCAGAAGCAAGACUCGUUCAGUCACUCUCGCUCCAGGAUGAAUGCGUAUAAGGGCCUGGCCAGUGCGGCGUACCUGUCGCUCAGCAGUGAAGACCCCGUGCUCACCGCCCUCGAGCUCAGCAAUGAGCUGGCACGGCUGGCCAACAUCGAGACAGAGUUCAAGAAUGACUACCGUAAGUUGUCGAUGCAGUGUAAGGACUUUGUGGUGGGUGUGUUGGAUCUUUGUCGGAACACAGAGGAGGUGGAAGCCAUACUGAACGGCGACGUGGACCUGUGCCCCCCGAGCGCCUACAACCGACCAUGCCUCAGCCGCGUCAUACUGGCCAUCAAGUACGAAGUCAAGAAGUUUGUGGCCCAUCCUAACUGCCAGCAGCAGCUGCUGACUAUCUGGUACGAGAACCUGCCUGAUCUGAGGCAGCAGUCCGUCGGCGUGAAGUGCUGGACGGUGAUUGGUGUCGCUGCAGGUCUGCCCUUUCUGGCUGUUGCCUACUGGAUUAUGCCAUGCAGCAAGAUUGGUCAGAUCCUGAGAAGCCCCUUCAUGAAGUUCGUGGCUCACGCUGUGUCCUUCACCAUCUUCUUGGGUCUGCUGGUUGUAAACGCCUCCGACCGUUUUGAGGGGGUCAAGAACCUGCCCAAUGAGACCAUCACAGACCACCCACGACAGGUGUUCAGGGUCAAGACCACCCAGUUCUCCUGGACAGAGAUGUUGAUCAUGAAGUGGGUUUUGGGUAUGAUUUGGUCAGAAUGCAAGGAGAUCUGGACUGACGGGCCCAGAGAGUACAUCAUGCACCUGUGGAACGUUCUGGACUUCGGGAUGUUGUCCAUCUUCGUUGCUUCCUUCACUGCACGCUUCAUGGCGUUCCUGAAGGCGUCCAAAGCCCAGCAGUAUGUGGACAUGCACGUUCCAGACGAUGACAUCAGCAAUGCGUCUCUACCCGAGGAAGUCGCCUACUUUACUUACGCCAGGAACAAGUGGCGCCCCUCAGACCCCCAGAUCAUCUCAGAAGGCCUGUACGCCAUCGCUGUGGUGCUGAGCUUCUCCCGCAUCGCCUACAUCCUGCCCGCCAACGAGAGCUUCGGCCCUCUGCAGAUCUCACUGGGGCGCACGGUCAAAGAUAUCUUCAAGUUCAUGGUCAUCUUCAUUAUGGUGUUUGUGGCCUUCAUGAUCGGCAUGUUCAACCUGUACUCGUACUACCUGGGAGCCAAGUACAACCCUGCCUUCACCACGGUGGAGGAGAGUUUUAAGACUCUUUUCUGGUCGAUUUUCGGGCUGUCUGAAGUGAUCUCAGUGGUGCUGAAGUACGAUCAUAAGUUCAUUGAGAACAUCGGCUACGUGCUGUACGGAGUCUACAAUGUCACCAUGGUGGUCGUCCUUCUCAACAUGCUCAUUGCUAUGAUCAACAACUCCUACCAGGAGAUAGAGGAGGAUGCCGACGUGGAGUGGAAGUUUGCCCGAGCAAAGCUGUGGCUCUCCUACUUUGACGAGGGCCGAACCCUGCCCGCGCCCUUCAACCUGGUCCCCAGCCCAAAGUCUUUCUACUACAUGGUCCUUCGCAUCAAGUCCUGCCUGAUACACCUCUGCAAGGCCAACAGCCGUCGCCAUAACAACGAGCUGGAGCUGGGCAUGCUCAACUCCCAGGAUGAACACCUCAGGACUUAUCCCCGCCCCGGUGAAGAGUUCAUCCACAAAAAAUCGAGAAAACACCCGACCAGAUACCAGAAUAUCAUGAAGCGCCUGAUCAAGCGCUAUGUGCUGAAGGCUCAAGUGGACAGAGAGAACGAUGAAGUGAAUGAAGGAGAGCUGAAGGAGAUCAAACAAGACAUUUCCAGCCUCCGUUAUGAGCUCCUGGAGGAGAAGUCCGACGCCGCCGGAGAGCUGGCUCUGCUCAUCCAACAACUUGGCGACAAGUUUGGCAAGAACACCAUGAGACACUGACAGGACUCAUCAGAAGGAGAGAGAGAGAGAGAGGCAAUGAGGGAGGAAGAUGUGAAAACGGGGGCAGAGAGGAUUGGUCGAGGAAGGUAUUUUAGGAACAUGACGGGGAAGAAAGAGGAGGAAAAGACACUGGGCAUGAUGAGUAAUGUUGCUGACUGAAAGCAAGUGUUUUGUAUAUGCAAUGACUAAUGAGGGAGGAAUGUGGAAAAGAAGAUAGAUGCAACUGAGAGUGAGCAGGAGGUCAAAGGGUCAAAGGUUAAGUAAACUCGGUCAGAGGUGGGUUGUGUUGACGGUUGAAUUGUAAUUAAAAACAGCAACUACAGGAAGUGAGAGAGGAGGAGAAGACAGGC